GUUCCAAUCCUCGCAUAAUGCUUUUGCUACAAGAAAAACGGCCCCUAAAGCGGGCACUGGGGCCACCAGAUGUAUACCCACAAGAUGCCCGACAACGCGAAGAUGAAUUGACACCAUCCAAUGUUAAACAUGGAUUCGCAACUAUGCCACCACUUUCGGAUGAAUUUGGCACAGCCCAUACGUCGAAUGUCAAUGCCAGUAAGGUGGCCUCCUUUUUCAAUGCCAUCUUGGCUAAAAAGGAGGAGUUGAUGACCCUGCAAGAUACGGUGCGUAAGAAGCAGCAAGUCAAUAUCAAGGAGAAUUUUUGGCCGGUGUCACCGCGCACAAAAACUGCAUUGGAUGCAUGGUUUAAGGAUUUGGCUGGCAACAAACCAUUGCUGAGUUUGGCCAAGAAGGCACCGUCGUUCAAUAAGAAGGAAGAGAUUCUAAUUACACUGUGCGAUCAUCAGGUGAAUAUGCAGAGAGCUACAUGGUACAUUAAACUGAGUGCCGCCUAUACGGCAAGUGUCUCUGAAUCGAAAAAUAAAAAGCGAAAUUUAGUUGAUCCCGUCGCAGAAUGGACGGGUAUAAUGAUCAAGUUUAUGAAAGAUUUGCUACCCAAACUACAGGAGUACUAUCACUUGAGUGAGAAUAAUGGACAACAAACGGCAAAUUCAAAUGUCCACACACCCAACUCAAUGACUGCGGCUGUACAUUCAAUGGCAUGUCCUGUGCCUAUGCUAAGUCCAGCCAAUAACCAAUCGUCCACUGGAACAUCGAUGGGACCAAUGAGUAAUAACAGUUCUUCCAUGGUUGGCUGUUCAAGCAAUCCUAGCGUCAUGUCCGGUAGCAAUAAUAUGCCAGCUUCAGGUUCCACCAUAUCGGGCAGUGGUAGCAAUUUUGAAGAUAGCCGUAAUGCCUUGAAAUAUUGGAAUUAUUGUGCCCAGCUGGCCAAAUAUAUGCACGAGGAACAGCUGUUGGAUAGACAAGAUUUCCUAAAUUGGAUAUUAGAACUUUUGGAUAAGAUGCGUACUCAGUCUAGUUUUGAUGAAUCUCUCAAGAAACUCAUUUUAACAUUUGCCCUGCAGUACAUGCACGACUUUGUCCAAUCCGAGAGAUUGUGUCGUAAAAUGGCCUAUAUUGUUGCCAAAAAGCUAACGAAUUUGUUAAAUGGUGUUAUAGAUCAGCAGCAGAAUCACCAACAACCAAAACCAUUACUGGCAUUGCAAGGUGUAACACCAAUGGAGGUGGAUGAUAUUGAUGAGGGUGAUAACAAGAAUAAGAAGACACCAUUAGACCCAUAUGAGGUGGCCUUAAAUGAAUAUCUGACAUGCCCACAUCAUCGUGACAUAGUUUUGUGUUUGAGUAGCAUUUUACAAAUCGUCACAAUCGAGUGUCCAGCGGCAAUGGUCUGGUGUGGCAUAGGAGAAAAUCGUGCACCUGCCUCUUUGUGUGGUAGCCCCCUGGAUCAUUUGCCGUUGGCACCAUCUUCCCUGCCAAUGCCAUCGAAAUGCCCCUUGACCAACAAUGAAGUACGUCGACAAUUACGUGCAAUAGAAUCGGAAAUAAUUUUACGUUCCAAACAUGCCGAGAAUCGUUGGUUUGCUGAAAAAUGGCAAAAUGCUAAUAAGAAUUCGUAUACCCAUGUUCUGACGAUUCUCGAUUAUUUGGAUACGCACUGUUUUGAUUUGAUGGAUCAAAAUAAUUCCAUCGACACACUGUAUGCAAAUAUAUUUCAACCAUUUGUAAGUGUGCGACGUGAGGUGGGCGCAAAUGGUGAAAUGAAAGAGAUACGCCAAGAGUAUGAUGCCCAAACCGUGGAUGGGAAUACUGUGAAGAUUUUAUGUGAAUGGGCGGUAUCGAGUCAGAGAUGGGGUGAACAUCGCGCCAUUGUAGUGGCCAUUUUAUUGGACAAACGUCAAAUUGAAGUUACAACACCCUCGCCGGAAGAUGUUAACAAUGGCCAGGGUAAUGGCACCAAUCCCAACGAUGACAAAGACUCGAUUGCUUCUGGCGCCGGUUUAAUUGGCGGCUUGCCGGUAUUUCAAUCAGUUCUGAUGAAUUUCCUAGAUCACGAUGCCCCGGUACUCGAUGAAAAUGGCAGCACCGCAAAUCGUACACAAUUCACAAAUUUGGUACAUUUGUUUAGUGCCCUUAUACGUCACGACGUGUUUUCCCACAAUGCCUAUAUGUACACCCUAAUAUCUCGCGGUGAUCUUUUGGAAGGUGCAAAUGGCAUGGGUAGCAAUAAUCUCAGUAAUAAGGUGACGAAUAGUGUUUCUGGCCCGGUUUCCAAUAAACCUGCAACUCCACCGCCUGCUAACCAGGGCUUCGAUGAUGAUUUUACAAGUGGUUUGGAUUUCAAACACAAUGAAUAUGAUGAUUCCAAUGUCGAUGAUGAUUUGGAAAAAAUAUUGCAAAACAUUAAAGAAAAGGGUCAGGUGCAGGCUCCAGACAGCCCCAAAAUUCCCGAGCACAAUAGCAGCAACAGUGGUGGUAAUUCAAUUUCGCGCCAUUACAUCUAUACUAAACAUUUUCCCAUACCUCAAGACGACCCCUCAAUGUCCUACAGUAGUGAGUCGAAUCAGAGGUAUAUUCUACUGUUUGGCGUGGGCAAGGAACGCGACGAGAAGAAACAUGCGGUCAAGAAAAUGUCCAAGGAAAUUUGUAAAUUAUUUACUAAAAAAUUUAGUAUUGAUGUAGCCGAGGGCGGAAAGGUAAAGAAACAUUCGCGCAAUGAAUUUAAUUUUGAAGCAACAACCAGCAAAUGCCAGAAUAUGGCCUACUUUGAUCAACAUGUGGUGACAUCGCAGUGUGCUGCCACCGUUUUGGAACAAUUGAAUGGCUUUGCUGUGGGAAGCAACAACUACUUACCGGUACAGGAGCAUGUUGCCUUCCUAUUCGAUUUGAUGGAAAUGGCUUUGAACAUUCACAGUCUUUUGGAGCUUUGCGAUCAGAUUCUAAAGGAGCUACCCGAAGUGGAAAAUCAAUUGCAGGCAAAAAAAUCAAAUAUGAUACGCAGCUAUACAACCUCAUUGGGUUUGUAUAUUGUUGGCAUAUUGAGACGUUAUCACAGCUGUUUGCUGUUGUCACCCGAACAAACAAUC